AUGAGAGUUAUUCUGUCUGUCUGUCUGUAUGUAUGUAUGUAUCUAUCUAUCUAUCUAUCUAUCUAUCUGGUUCGGUCUUUUCAUAUCUAUGUUUCAGUAUAUUUAUCUGUUUCAACCUAUGAAUUCAUAUCAAUCUGUUCUCUUUCUGUUUCUAUCUAUCUAUCUAUCUAUCUAUCUAUCUAUCUCCACCAAUGCAUUCCCGUCAAGCUGUCUGCUCACAUCACUCUCUCUUUCACUCUCUCCCGCUCUCUCUCUCUCUCUCUCUCUCUCUCUUUCUAUUUAUCUAUCUUAUCUUGUUCAUAUUUAUUUUACCCUAUGUAUUUAAAUCAAUUUGUUCCUGUCUCUAACUGUCUUUCUGUCUCUCUCUCUCUCUAUCUAUCUUGCAUUCCUGUCAAUCUCUCUGUUCAUGUCUCUCUCUCCCCCCUCUCUCUCUCUAUCUAUGUACCUAUUUCACCCAAUGAAGUCAUAUCUAUCUAUCUAUCUAUCUAUCUAUCUAUCUAUCUAUCUCAGUCUGUUCAUUUCUAUCUAUCUAUCUAUCUAUCUAUCUAUCUCCUCUAA